AUGUCAUUCACAUUGUACCAUUCUCGAAAAGACGGCACCAUUAAGCCCAUCAAGGUGUCCAUUUUUGACGCUUUUCGAGGUGUUCCUGACCCUAAGCCGAGGAAACGGCAGCCGUGUUCCUGCUGUGGAAAGAUCCAUUCGCCAAAGGCUAAAUCCGAGGUCACGCCCGAAGCCAAGGCUGAAGACAAAGCUGCAGAGAAAGAUGGCAAAGCCACAGAUGGCGAAAAGAAAGACGACAAUGAUACGGAAGCCGACGAUCAGAUCAUGCUCAGCAUGAAGGCCAAAGACGUAACUACACCAUGGAAAGACAUCCUCGCGGCCACCAGCUACACCGAUGAGAGUGAGCUUAAGGCACGCUGGCGUCAAGUCAAGGACAAAUUGCCAGACUUCAAGAAAGAGCUCGAGGCCAAAUCUGAGGGCAAGGGCGACGAGGAGAAAGACAAGAACAACAAAAACGAGGCCAAAGAUCCAGAGAGGGAAGCCAAAGCGGCCAAGAACCGAGAGGAGGGACUCAAGAGACAACAGGAGAAGAAGGAUAAAGCAGCGGGCAAGGCCUACAAGAACAAGAAGGUCGAAUCUAAAUCAAAGACCACAGGCGAAACUGCAGGGGUGAAGAUGUGGGCUGAUUCUUACGACAAGAAGAAAUGGCGGCUCAUGGCAUCCAAGCACUAUGACAGAACGGGCCAACGUAUCUCGCCGGAGCAGGCUCGCAAGAUGGUUGAAGGGAAGUGA